AUGAGCGGCGCCUUGAGAGUCAUCGAGAUAUCACCGCGCGAAAGCGACUAUACCAGCCUGCAGGCUCACCAAGAAGAAACGCCGGGAAGCUUCUACGAUGGCAAGGCUGUGCUGCACCACCGAGUGCAGAAUGCGAGCUUGAAGGUGUCGGAGAGAGAGCUGGCCAGCAACUCUACCCUCCAGGCAUUGCGCACCUCUGCCGGUCCUGGCGCAGGUCCUCACGCAUCUCCUCACUCUCAUACUAACGGCAACGGCGAGGAGCCGAGAGUCGAGGUCACCAUCACGCGCAUCCAGAUCUGGGUCACUUCAGAAUUCUUCACUCUCUGGAGUACGACAGCCGGCACUGGUGUGCAAAUCCCCUACCGAACCAUUUCGCUGCAUGCUCGCCAACAGAACGCCCUCUACCUUCAACUAUGCCUCAGUGACAUGGCGCAGACCGCUGACGACGAUCUCGAGACUGUUGAACUCCUCCUAACUCCCGAACCUGUCGCCGACAAUGACGCGACCGACGCUGCUGAGAAACUCUUCACUGCCGUCUCUGACUGCGCCGACCUGCACCCCGAUCCCGAUUCUGAUGAGGACCAAGAUCAAGAGCAAGAGCCGGAACCAGGAACCGGAGGCUGGAUUACUUCGGAAAAUAUGCAAGAUUUCAUGGACGAGAACGGAAACUUCCAAAUGCCUGAAAUCGGUACCCUUGGCGCUGGAGCUGGGUCCGUGAGGACUGCAGAUCAGUUUGAAGAUGCCGACGCUGGCGACGAGGUCGAUGGUAAUGAGGCCACCGAUGCGACCAAGUGGCGCAGAACAAGCUGA